CUAGAACUCCCCUCCAGAACAGACGCCAAGCGCAACUCCGGCGUCCGAGGCUGGGCACCCCGCGCGGGGAAAGCGUUUGGCACCUACUUUCCGGGAACUAUCUGCAGCUGCGGCUUUGAAAGCUCCCACGCAUGCCCUGCGCCCUCGCCGGGACAGAACCCCCCGCGAGUUGGACUGGCUUCGGUCUUGACUCCACUCUCCCACACACACACCCCGGAACAGGACCUAGAAGCCCCUGCGCUUGCAGGUGGUCGCUGCCGCCACCACAGUCACCAUGAAUAAGGAGGCUGGCGGAGACGAGCUCGCAGAACUCUUCAGUCUGAUCCCGUACCUUCUACAGGCGGCCAACACCAGCGGCAACGCGUCGCUGCAGCUCCAGGACUUGUGGUGGGAGCUGGGGCUGGAGCUGCCGGACGGCGCGGCGCCGGGGCAUCCCCCAGGCACCCGCGGGGCACAAAGUGCGGACACCGAGGCGCGGGUGCGGAUCCUCAUCAGCGUGGUGUACUGGGUGGUUUGCGCGCUGGGGCUGACCGGCAACCUGCUGGUGCUCUACCUGAUGAGGAGUAAGCACGGAUGGCGCAAGUCCUCCAUCAACCUCUUCGUCACCAACCUGGCGCUGACAGACUUUCAAUUCGUACUCACCCUGCCCUUCUGGGCGGUGGAAAACGCUCUCGACUUCAAAUGGCCCUUCGGCAAGGCCAUGUGUAAGAUCGUAUCCAUAGUGACGUCCAUGAACAUGUACGCCAGCGUCUUCUUCCUCACCUCCAUGAGCGUGGCGCGCUACCGCUCGGUGGCCUCGGCUCUUAAGAGCCACCGGACCCGCGGGCAUGGCCGGGGCGACUGCUGCGGCCAAAGCCUGGGGGACAGCCGCUGCUUCUCAGCCAAAGCACUGUGCGUAUUGAUCUGGGCCUCCGCCGCGCUGGCCUCGUUGCCCAACUCCAUCUUCUCCACGACCUUCAAGGUGAUGGGCGAGGAGCUGUGCCUGGUGCGCUUCCCCGACAAGUUGCUGGGCGGAGACAGACAGUUCUGGCUGGGCCUCUACCACUUGCAGAAGGUACUGCUAGGCUUCGUGCUUCCGUUGUGUAUCGUCAGCCUGUGCUAUCUUCUGCUGGUGCGCUUCAUCUCCGACCGCCGCGUGGCUGGGACCGAAGGAGGAGCCUCAGCGGCCCGGGGCGGCCUGGCCGCAGCCAGCGCCCGGAGACGGUCCAAGGUCACCAAGUCAGUGACCAUCGUGGUCCUAUCCUUCUUCCUGUGUUGGCUGCCCAACCAGGCGCUCACCACCUGGAGCAUCCUCAUCAAGUUCAACGCGGUGCCCUUCAGCCAAGAGUAUUUCCUGUGCCAGGUGUACGCGUUCCCGGUGAGCGUGUGCCUGGCUCACUCCAACAGCUGUCUCAACCCCAUCCUCUACUGCCUGGUGCGCCGCCAAUUCCGCAAAGCGCUCAAGAGUCUACUGUGGCGCGGCGCGUCGCCUUCCCUCACCAGCAUGCGCCCUUUCACGGCCACCACCAAGCCAGAGCCCGAGGAUCAGGGGCUGCAGGCCCUGGCACCUCUCCACCGGACCGCGGAGCCUGACCUGGUCUACUACCCACCCGGCGUGGUGGUCUACAGCGGGGGGCACUACGACCUGCUGCCCAGCAGCUCCACCUACUGACUCGGGCCCAGGUGGCACAGUCGCUGCAAAGUGGCCUUCCCCGAGUGGGGAAAGAGGGGAGCG